AUGCUCCGGCGGUCACUGGGAGCCCGGAGUUGGGUGUUUUAGCCCCGUCCCCCAGGCGGCUCGGCCAAUCCCCUGAGGCGAAGCAGGACGACACCCAGGCUGUGUCCAGAAGACCACGUGGCCCCAGGAGACGCCAGUGCUAGCCAUGGGCGUGCAGCCCCCCAACUUCUCUUGGGUGCUCCCCGGCCGGCUGGCGGGGCUGGCCCUGCCCCGGCUCCCCGCCCACUACCAGUUCCUGCUGGACCAGGGUGUGCGGCACCUGGUGUCACUGACGGAGCGCGGGCCCCCGCACAGCGACAGCUGCCCCGGCCUCACCCUGCACCGACUGCGCAUCCCAGACUUCUGCUCGCCGGGCCCAGAGCAGAUCGACCGCUUCGUGAAGAUUGUCGACGAGGCCAACGCCCGGGGAGAGGCGGUGGGAGUGCACUGUGCCCUGGGCUUUGGCCGCACGGGUACCAUGCUGGCUUGUUACCUGGUGAAGGAGCGGGGCCUGGCUGCAGGGGACGCCAUCGCUGAGAUCCGGCGCCUUCGACCCGGCUCCAUCGAGACUUACGAGCAAGAGAAGGCGGUCUUCCAGUUCUACCAGCGAAGGAAAUAAGGGACCUCAGCACGCUUCUGCCAGGUCCCCCGCGGCUCUGACCUGUGUGUUAGAUGGGGCCAGAGACGCGGAAGUGAACUAGAAGUGCUAAGCCCUCCAGCGCUCGCUCGGCUGGCUCAAAAGACAGAAGUAGCCCUUCCCUGCAGGCAGGUCCUGGUAGGAGGAUGGCUGCAGCAGCACCAACGUGGGGUGUCCCUCUGCCGCUGCCUUGAAUAAAUAAAGAACCAGCUCACAUUGCAUAGCACUUUAAGUUUACAAAGUGCUCCCACACUUUGCGACUUUUUUUGCGCCUCACAAUAGCCCCAUAAUAAAGGGAAGGCAGAAGGGCCAUCCCUUCUUUGGAUGAGGUGGCCAAGGCUCAGAAAGGCGCACAGUUACACUUCUGGAAAGUGGAAGUAUGUGCCAGGACUACAGCACACAUUUUCAGCCUUUUAAAGAGGCUGAAACUCUUAUGUAUCUGCCCUCUAAUAAUAAUAUUUGAUGUGUCAUCUGGGGAGCUGGUCAAUGAAAAGGAAACAAAUCCCUGGCAGCCCAAGGUCUCUGAUGCUCGCAGGCCAGGAGGGCCCCUGUGGACACAGCCCCUCAGUCCAGGCCCGCAUGCCCCACGUGUGUCAUCCCUUUAGCCCUCUUAAGACAGAGAAGGCCUGGAUGCUGUGCUCACAGAUAAUCACUGUCUCCAUCUCCCAGGGGCUGGGUGCCUCUCCCCAGCCUCAGGCUGCUCCGCUCACCUGUGACCUCCAGCCCAUUAUGCUGCCCCACGGCCUGAGGCUGAGGAAUGCCAGAACCCAGCCUCUCUGGGCAGGUAUGCAGAGGAU